AGGUGCUUGAUGAAACAAUGAACAUUGACCAGUUUGAUUCUUUCAAGAGAGCCGAUGUCUAUGCUCUAGGUUUGAUAUUUUGGGAAAUUGCGAGGAGAUGUAACGUCGGCGGUAUUUACGACGAAUACCAGUUGCCAUUUUAUGAUGCAGUUCCUCCGGAUCCCACUAUCGAAGAAAUGAGACGGGUGGUGUGCUGCGAACGUCAGCGGCCGAGCAUUCCGAACCGGUGGCAGAGCUGCGAGGCGUUGCACGUCAUCUCGAAACUGAUGAAAGAGUGCUGGUACCACAACGCGACGGCCAGGUUGACCGCGUUGCGUAUCAAGAAGACGUUGGCGAAUUUCAGGGCGUCGGGAGAGAUGAAGGUGUGAAGAGGGACCGCGGAACGCUGCGAGGAACUAUUGAACGGAAGGAGCGAGAGCAAGAGAGAGUGACGGUUUUGUAUAAUGAUGGUGCGCUUGAAACCAGUUGUCCUAAGUUCUUUAUACCCUGUAAAAAUGUUUUAUACCAAACUAAUAGGUAGUUUCGAGUGAUUUUUAGUAUUAUGUGAUUUUUUAUUACUGCUAGUUGGGUCGCCUGUUUUUCGGAGUUAUAUGAAAUAUAACGCGAAAGGAGUUUCUCCAUGCUCUUGCCCAGUGGUUUUAUUUCUAUCCAAAUCUUUAUACACAACUUUAUUUUAUACAUUCCUAUCGUUACAUGUAAAAACUUUUUGUCUCGAAUUGUGUAUUUCAACUGUGCUCUAUUAUUAUUGAAAAAGAAAAGUAAAGUGUCGAGAUUCGUUAGACCUCACUUGUCAAUACAUUUUUUUAAAAAUGAUUGAAAUAUGCUUCGUCAAUCGUCAGAGAACAUUAGAAAUAAAGGCCCGAAAAAUAUGGCAAUUUGAAAUCCAACUGCCCUGGGAGGUUCGUUCUAAAGUUCAUUGGUGCUAUUGGGUCUUUUAUAUCUUGAUAUAUCAUUUUUAUACAUGCUAAAGGAACUGUUGCCAAUACGAUGGUAAGUUUACGUCUUUUAAUGAUUACAAAAUCAUAUUACGGUACAUCUCCGAAAAACAGGCGACGGUUCUUAACAUGUUUGUCUUAUGUUUAAGACGCCCUGAACGUCAUGAUUUUAUUUGCCGACACAUAUGAUUCCAUAUCUUUUUACUGCCUCCUACAUACCACAUUACCAGUGAUAUUAGUUUAAAUAAUUUAUUUGUUUAUCCUACUCUGUUACUAUCACCUGUACAUGAUGGGUUUGCCUCUGUUAUAAAUAUUAAGUACAUUAUUUGGUAACUGAAGUACACUUUAUUCGUGUAAUAUAUAACUUAACAAGUACGAAAACAAAGUGUUAUUAAUAACAGAAAAAAAAUGCUUAACUUACAAUUUGUAUUGUAUUUGGUUAGGUGUUCUCAUAGAAGUUUCGCAAUACAGCUUUAUUUGUUGACUUCGUUCAAAGUAAUUUACGCUGCAUUCAAUAUACUUCAGUUUCGAUCAAAUACUCGGUGCAGGCUUUGGCAGGAGCGUUUUCAUGGUGGAGGCACCAAGUGUCCAUUCUUGACGCAGGUGUUUCAUCGACUCUAUGACUUUAGGCAGGCACUGUUCCGUGUACCAUUUAGCUGUGUGUCCAAAACGACGCAAUCCCGCUCGAUUCGAAAAAUACAGCUAUUUUUUUUUAAUACUCCAACUACCACGAAGGCCUAAGGCCUAAACACCCAUUGGGUACCCUGGGGCUAUAGGAGGAUACAGGGGAAAGGGGGAACGCCACAUGCACACAUUCUGGCUCCGCCUACGAGAUCCGCCGGGUGGUACCUCCGCGUUCGACAGUCAGAGACCGUCUACCACCUACGGACAAUCACAACAUCCAUAGCCUAGACUGAUCAGGAGACCGAAGAGUCUACUACUGCGGCCACCGCUGCUGCCUGCUAUCAUUUCUUUCUUAACAGAUCGGGAUUUUCUCGUCAUCUCGUCAGAGAGAUCAAGUUUCCUUAUGUGUAAAUGGUCAUGCAGAAUUGAUUGAAUUGCUGGAAAGUUGACAGAUGUAUUUUGUCCUACUUUAUACAUAACUUAUUGAAAUCGAUUUACAAACAAUUCCAUAUAGAUUUUUCUCAUCACAUUAUCGAAGUAUUUAUGUUUUAAUAUGCUUUAUUUAUAUGCCUUUGAAAGCAGUCGCUUUUCUGUAGAUACAUGUAAAUUCACUACAUUUUGUUUUACUUUAAAUUUUAAUAUAAUUGUUAAACACGAUGUACAAAUUUUCUUUUUUAGUGAUAUAUUUGUAUACUACAUUAGGUAUUAACAUUAACAGUAUAUAGGCUAACAGGGAAAACAACGUUUUCUAUAGAACUUAGAAGAUAUAUUUUAUCCUACAAAUACCGUGGACGAUCAGAGAGAAAGACGUAUUUUGGUAAAUGUUGAUUUUUGUAAACCAUGCAUACCUAAAUGUACGGUGAUUUAGCUUGAUAUUGAUUCCACAUAUGAAUAUGAAAACUAAAAUUUGAAACAUCAUAUAACAGAGGAUCUUUUUUUGUAAAACCCUGAUCCUUUAUCUAAAACGAGGACUUUUUGUGAUUAUGUUUUGCACCUGUACGAGUAUAACACUUUAUCUUGUUCUUCGUAGCAUCUCAGCUUAAGUCAUUCACAAGAGGUCAGCUAAAAGCUGUAGGUGGUAACUGGAGUGAGGAGAAAUGACAAUUCAAGUAAGAAUGCUCUGCGUGUAAGUGCUUAUUCAUUGUAUACGGGGUUAGUCCGGAAAAUACGUAUAAAAUUGUUCAGGUAUUUUAAUAUGGUCUCCUCCAAAGUACUCCCGCUGAGGCAAGAUGCUCUUCUGCUAACGCCGUUUCCACUGUUGAUCCACCCUCGUAUUUAAAAUCUGAUAUGCCUGUGUCCAUUUGCCACCGAUUUUGAUUCGAAAAAAUGAUUUCUUCUGUCGUUUCGUGUUGAAGUUGAGAUUCUCUGUGGUGGUUUCAAUAUCAAACAAAAUCACCCGCGAAAUGUUCUAAUAGACUGUUGAACAUAUUUUCUUGUAAUCAGGGAUGUAAGAUUUAUCUUCGGUGUUUAGCAAGGAUUGAAACGAAAUAUUCUUAGUGCUUCGUAGGGCUUCAAAUAGUGCGUUGAAUAUUGCAAUAAACAAAAAAGUAAGCUACCCAGCCUGUGCAUUACAUUUGUAAAUAAUGAAUAUUUACUGUUGGCGCGAGGUUAGAAAUUUGAAAUACUGAUGGUGCGUUCUUUGAGUAAAACAUUAAAAUUGAUCUUGUUUUCUCCAAUAGUGGUAAUUUUAUUGCAAAAUAAUAACGUUUAACGUAGCAUUAUGGAAAAUGUAAUACGCAGCUGGUCGAGGUGGUUUAAAGUCAACUGAACUGUGAAUGCAUAUGUAAAAAACCAAGAGAGUUGUUUAGAAAUGUUCAAUCACGCAACAACUGAACUGUGUAGAACGGAUGUUCUAGUACCAUAACACACGCUCUAGAACUGCGUUGGACAUUGCUUAAUUCUCUGUUCCAGAUUCCAAUGAACGCGUUGAAAAGCUCCUAAUAAUGAGGUACAACAUUUCAAUCCUGAGUGAUUUUGAGCAAAGCAGUGAGAUACAUUUUUUUACAGUAUUUUUUUAUACGCUCCAAUUAUUUUUUGAACGCGAAGAAUUUCGGGGUGAUAACAUUGAGAAACCAACAUGCAAAAUUAUAGUUACCAUGUAUGUCCGCACCAGAAUUUGCAAAAAAUCUACAAGCAAGUACAAAUCGACUGCGGAUGGAACGCUGACAAACCCCUACGAACGUCUGAUUCAAGUCCACACCAAACACGCACUGCAUUUGAAUACGUUUAUAAACAUUUUGCGCGUUCGGUGAGUACACGCCUUUAGGUCCAGUGGCAUCGCUAGGUGCGAAGAAAUUAAAUCUACGAUUUCUAUUGGUGAGUCCAACAAAACAGAGCGUACGUAUAUGCUGUAAACGAUGAUCGUUUACUGAUACGAGCGUUCGCUCUAAUCUUUCCUGUUUUUAGAUAUAAUAGAAUCCUCUUUAUUCCUAUUGGUUGAGCUACAAAAGGCGGUCGUGUUGGUUGACGAAUCAACGCCAGGCAUUUUUUGCGACUAUUUCUACUUGCUGAUAAGAGCAUUCGAACGAGUCUUGUUUUUUUUUGUGGGAGGCGUGAGAAAUGAAAUCUACGAUGAUCGUAUUGGUCGACCAAUCUCCGUACUGAAUUUUUUCUGUUUUUUGCGCUACAUGCGACG